AUGGAUGAGAACACGGCCAUUUCGGGCGGCGUUGCUGACGAUGUCCAAGUGACAUCUGGUCAGGAUGCUCCGGGUGAUGUGGUCAAUGCCUCUGAGAAUACCCCGGGGACUGAUAAUCCGCUAGAUGCCCCCGCGUCACCUAAGCCUGGGAACACCGGAGAGGAAGACGAGGAGAUGGGCGGCACAGAGAACGAGACGAAGAAGGAAAGCGAAGGUAGCGAGGAAUUGGCGGAUGUUGCUGCACAGUCGGGCGCUGAAGGUGCUUCUGAGGAGCAGUCUGCGCAGACCAAGUCAUCGCUCGAAGCUUCAGCACGCUCGCACCUCGUUUCCCAAACACACGCCAUUAUCCUCCCUAGUUAUUCGACAUGGUUCGAUAUGCACACUAUCCAUCCCAUUGAGAAGAAGGCUUUGGCAGAGUUCUUCAACGGACGGAACCGCAGCAAGACACCCGCUGUCUACAAGGAUUAUAGAGAUUUCAUGAUCAACACCUACCGACUGAACCCAAUCGAGUACCUUACUGUCACGGCUUGCCGCCGUAACCUUGCUGGAGAUGUGUGCGCUAUCAUGCGCGUUCAUUCUUUCCUCGAACAGUGGGGUUUGAUCAACUACCAGGUGGACCCCCAAACGCGGCCUUCGAACAUCGGACCCCCCUUUACCGGCCACUUCAGAGUUGUCGCCGACACGCCGCGAGGCCUCCAGCCGUUCCAGCCUGGUCCGAACCAUUUCGUCAAGCCAGGCAAGCCUCUGCCAGCCACGGAGCGCGCCGCUUCCGCAACACCCGCAACCAAGGCUGAGUUGAAUCUCGAGAUCCGUCGCAAUAUUUACGAUGACAAGGGCAAGGAAGUGACACCAGCUGGUGAGGAUAAAGAAAAGCAGGCCAACGGCGAACCGGGUGCCAAUGGCACCGGAGACUCUUCGAAGGCUCUGGAAACUGCGUCGCAAGAACCUCGGAAGAAGUUCCAAUGUUUCUCCUGUGGUAUUGACUGCACCCGUCUUCGUUUCCACUAUGCGAAGUCGACUCCGGCCACUGGUGGUGCCAAUGCUCCAGACUCCAAGUACGACCUUUGCCCCAACUGCUUCUUACAGGGUAGGUUGCCAUCCACCCACAACGCUUCAGACUUCGUCAAGCUUGAAGACACUUCAUACUCGCGGGUUCCUGAUCGGGAUGCUCCUUGGUCCGACUCUGAGCUCGUGCUCCUUCUGGAGGGUCUCGAAAACUUCGAUGACAACUGGGAGCAAAUUGCCUCUCACGUCGGUACAAGAACAAGAGAAGAGUGUGUGAUGAAGUUCCUUCAACUUGAAAUUGAAGACCAAUAUGUCGAGGAAGGCCCUGAAGUUCGGGCCGGCCCCGGACGUGAGCCCAUCAGCCACGUCGAGAACCCAGUUUUGUCUGUGGUGGCUUUCCUAGCUCAAAUGGCUGAGCCGUCAGUCGCUGCCGCUGCCGCUGGUAGAUCUGUAGAUGAGAUCCGAAAGGAGCUCAAAAAGCAGCUCGAUAAGGCCCCCACUGCAGAAAAAUCCCAGGACAAGGGCAAGGAGAAGGAAGGCGCCGCUGUGAAGAGCGAGGAUUCCAUGGACGUCGACACUGCUCGCGAAGAGCAAUCGACAGAAGUAUCCGAGAAGCAGCCCAAGGCUUCACUCUCCACCGUUGCCCUCGGCGCUGCUGCGGCGCGCGCCGGAGCUCUUGCAUCCCACGAAGAACGCGAAAUGACCCGCCUAGUAUCCGCCGCGGUUAACGUCAGUCUGCAAAAAUUUGAAAUCAAGCUCCAGCAAUUCAACGAGAUGGAAGAAAUCAUUGAGGCCGAGCGCCGAGAACUCGAGCUCGCGCGCCAGCAGCUUUUCCUAGACCGCCUAGCCUUCAAGACGCGUGUGAAGGAGGUCCAAGAUACCCUCCAGAACGUUAGCCUGAAUGGUGCCAACGGAGGGCCUGCUCCGGAUGCUGCGACAGCCGGAAUCAACAACCGGUAUAACUUCCAACCUGGUGGCAAUGCCGCUGGAGCCCCGCAGCCUUUGAGCGCCACAGGAAGCACAGAUUUCAAGACUCUAGAUCUGUGA